UACAUACUUUUAAGGGCCAUAAAGCAGAAAUCCAUCUUUUGCAACCCUUUGGGGAUCACGUUAUCCUCAGUGGAUACUGACAGCAUUCUUAUCAUUUGGCACAUAUAUUCAGAAGAAGAAUACCUUCAGUUGACAUUUGAUAAAUCAGUUUUUCAAAUUUCUACAAUUUUGCAUCCAAGCACCUACUUGAAUAAAGUCCUGCUGGGCAGUGAACAGGGAAGCCUGCAGUUAUGGAAUGUAAAAUCCAAUAAACUUCUGUAUACAUUUCCAGGGUGGAAAGUUGGAGUGACAGCCCUUCAGCAGGCACCGGCUGUGGAUGUUGUUGCCGUUGGUCUUAUGUCUGGUCAAGUUGUCAUUCACAACAUUAAGUUCGAUGAAACAUUAAUGAAGUUCCGUCAGGACUGGGGACCCAUUACUUCCAUUUCAUUUCGCACAGAUGGUCAUCCUGUAAUGGCAGCUGGAAGCCCGUGUGGCCAUAUUGGACUCUGGGAUCUGGAAGACAAAAAAUUAAUCAAUCAAAUGAGAAAUGCACACUCCACAGCAAUAGCUGGGCUGACAUUUCUCCACAGAGAACCGCUGCUUGUUACAAAUGGCGCUGACAAUGCUCUUAGGAUAUGGAUAUUUGAUGGCCCUGCAGGGGAAGGACGACUGUUGAGAUUCAGGAUGGGACAUAGUGCUUCUCUUACCAAGAUCAGAUAUUAUGGACAAAAUGGACAGCAGAUUUUAAGUGCAAGUCAAGAUGGAACUCUGCAGUCCUUUUCUACAGUCCAUGAAAAAUUCAACAAGAGCUUGGGGCAUGGAUUAAUUAAUAAAAAGAUAGUUAAACGUAAAGGACUUCAGAACACCAUGUCAGUAAGGCUCCCGCCUAUCACCAAGUUUGCUGCUGAGGAAGCUCGUCAAAGUGACUGGGAUGGUAUCAUUGCUUGCCACCAGGGAAAGCUGUCUUGCUCAACCUGGAAUUACCAAAGAUCUACAAUAGGUGCUUAUUUUCUCAAGCCAAAAGAAUUAAAGACAGAUGACAUCGUUGCAACAGCAGUAGAUAUAACAUCCUGUGGAAACUUUGCAAUAAUUGGCCUCUCAUCAGGAACUGUAGAUGUGUAUAACAUGCAGUCUGGUAUACAUCGAGGAAGUUUUGGGGAUGAUAAAGCUCAUACAGGUUCUGUUAGAGGUGUUGCAGUGGAUGGAUUAAACCAGCUGACAGUUACAGCUGGUAGUGAACGAUUACUCAAAUUCUGGAACUUUAAAAGCAAGGUUUUAAUCCACUCUCUGAGCCUUGAUUCAUCUCCAAAUAUGAUGCUGCUCCAUAGGGACAGUGGCAUUCUGGGGCUUGCCUUGGAUGACUUCUCCAUCACUGUCCUAGACAUAGAAACUAGGAGGAUUGUCAGAGAGUUCUCUGGACACCAAGGCCAAAUAAAUGACAUGACAUUCAGUCUUGAUGGCCGUUGGUUAAUAAGUGCUGCAAUGGAUUGCUCUGUUAGGACUUGGGACCUUCCAUCUGGCUGCCUUAUUGACUGCUUCCUGUUGGACUCAGCUCCUCUCAAUGUCACUAUGUCCCCAACUGGAGACUUUCUAGCAACUUCCCAUGUGGAUCACCUUGGAAUUUACCUGUGGUCGAAUAUUUCCCUCUAUUCAGUUGUCUCCUUACGACCACUUCCUCCAGAUUAUGUCCCUUCGGUAGUGAUGCUUCCUGGGACUUGUCAAACCCAAGGUCCGGAAGUGUUGGAAGAACAGAUUGAGCCAAGUGAUGAAAUGAUAGAGUAUGAGUCGCCACAACAGUUGAGUGAGCACCUGGUGACUCUGUCACUUCUCCCUGAGUCACGCUGGAAAAACCUUCUGAAUCUUGAUGUUAUCAAGAAAAAGAAUAAACCAAAAGAGCCACCCAAAGUACCCCAGUCAGCACCAUUUUUCAUCCCAACGGUUCCUGGACUUGUACCCAGGUUUGCUGUACCUGAGCAGAAUGGGGACCCCCAGCAGUCAAAGGUGGUAAAUCUUGGGAUUUUGGCUCAAAAGUCAAAUUUCUACCUGAAACUUGAAGAAGGAUUGGUAAAUAAUCAGUAUGAAGCUGCUCUUCACCUUCUGAAAGAAUUAGGCCCAUCAGGAAUUGAAACAGAGCUGCGAAACUUGUCUCCCGAUGAUGGUGGCUCCGUAGAAGUCAUGCAAGCCUUUUUGAAAAUGAUCGGGAUGAUGUUGGACAGAAAGCGUGACUUUGAGUUAGCCCAGGCAUACCUUGCAUUGUUUUUAAAGUUACACCUCAAAAUGCUUCCUUCAGAGGCAGUGCUGUUAGAAGAACUGGUAAAGUUGUCAUCACAGGUAGAAGAAGACUGGACUCAUUUACAGUCUCUCUUCAAUCAAAGCAUGUGUAUUUUAAAUUAUAUCAAAAGUGCUUUGUUGUAAAAAAUAAACUUAGUGAUUACAGAAAUCAAAGCUGUAUGUGAAAUGUUGAACUUGUCUUCAUUCCCAGCUCAGUAUGGAAGGACGUGCUGGCAAUGCUCGACCAGCAGUGUUCUGUAUUCUAAGUGCAAAAUACCUUGUAGCUGUAGAACUAUACCUUCUUUAUGCUCUGAACACCUAGGGGAUCUAAAACCACCUGAGUUCCUUCACACUAGUCACAUACAUGAGGCUUUUUGAAUUAUUGCCAUUUAGUAUUUUUUCAGUAUGUUACAUAUAAUAGUGUCUAUUUAGUAUGAAGUUUUGCUGAAUUAAAUUGACAAUGUCAAGUAAAGCAGAUCUAUAAUGUAUUCCUAAAAAUGCUUUUUGUUAUAUUAGAAAAAUGAGUGUUUCUUUUCUGGGUGGCUUUUGAUGAAGCAUAAAUUGUUGGUUCUUGAAGCUGUGCUUUAUGUCUGGUACCUGUGGUACAGCCCUCCUGUGUUACAGAAGAGUCCAAGUAAGGUUGUCUGGGACCUGUGGCACAUCUAGUUUAUAGCACAGGAUCUAGAGCUUUCUCUGUUGACUCCUUCCUAAACAAGUUUUUGUUAGAUCAAAAUGUGAGAGGUCCUUGCUCCAGGCAGGCGCACCAGGAAGAGGUGCAGCAGGUACUUGCACAGGGAGAUUCCAAGGUCCGCUGAGACUGGCUUUGACAGUUUCUCCUCCUCCUCUGACAUGUUUAUUUGGGAAGAAACUGCUGACUACACUUGUCAUCAUUUUCUUUGCUAUGGCCCAGGCUUUAGCAACUCAGGAAUUAAAAUGAAGCAAUUCUUGGGGCUGGAGAUGUAGCACAGAGCCUGUAUAAACCAGGCUUGCUGGUGUGCACCUGCAAUCCCACCACUCCAGAGGGAAAGGCUGGAAGACUAGAAAGAUACUGGAAACCAUAGCUGGAGGCUAGCCUGGAAUACAUGAGAUCCUGCUCAAAUAGUAACAAACGAAGAGUAAGCAAUUCUUAAGGACCCAUGCUCUAAAAACUACUCCUAGAAUACACCUGGGUACUCUUGCUCAGCAUUAGCUUAGAGAACGUUACAGAUUUCUUUCCAGGAAAGAACAGUCCAUACAAAGAGGGGCUGGUAAGAAGGCUCAGUGGUUAAAGGACCUUGCCACCAAUCCUAGAGGCCCAAGUUUAAUUCCUAGGGCCCACCUGGUGGAAGGAGAGAACUAAUUCUUUCAAGUUGUCCUCUAUCCUACACACACACACACACACACACACACUCAAAUGUAGAAUCAAACUUAUGAAAACAAACCAAUGAGAAAUGUAUUAUUAAAGUGCUUUUUGAUCUACUUGUGUGAGGUAAAAUUUGUCAGUUAUUAUAGGAAUAAUGCAACCCUCCUUUCUACUGACUUUGUAUUAAUUUGUCAAUGGCAGUGACAUGAAUGUUAGUAAUGACUUAAGUUCUGACUUUGACAGACAGUGGCUUAAAGCUGCAGUAAAGCCUGAGUGCAUAUAAUCCCACACUGUAGUAAGUAAAACAGAAUGAUAGGAGCUGUGAGCUCAAGUGGGUUUUUUUUCCUUCCAUAAAUCAUAAACUAAAUUUUCUUACCCUUUUCAGGUAAAAGUGCAAGCUUGAUCCUGUUGUCAUUUUUAUUAGAGAUGUCUUAAAACAGUGCUACCACAUUAUUUUGUCAAUAACCCUCCAAAACCUUAGACAUUUGACAUCAAGGAAGAGAAGAAAAAAAAAUACAAAGUAUUUUGGUGUACAUAUUUUUCUUAAAAUGUUAUCAGUCUCUGCAUACUUACUUACUUACUUUUGAACUUUAAUCUUUACUUUUGAAAUUUAAUAUGCAUCAUAUAUGAUGACAUUUUACUUAUAAAAAUAUCAGACAGAUUUGUUUUUAACAAUAGUUUUUGAUCCCAAUACAUAGCCACAGAAAACGAAAUGUAGAGCUUUGGUAAUUUUUUACAUAAAGAAAAGUCUGUAACUUGAAAUGUCUUCACUUGCACAUUGUAUGUCUUACAAUCUACUCUGCCUAUCAUAUACCUAAAAUUAGGGAGUUUUCCUCUGUUCCCCCCAGAUCCCCGCCCACACACACAGUAAUUACAAACCACUGCUGAAUUACCACUGCUGAAUUAAGUAAACAUGUUGCUUAGGUCUCUGGCUCUAAGGAUUUCUGUGUAGCAUAGCUAAGGGUUUGAAGGGGUGGGCCAGAGAAUGAGCAUUUUUAAUUUGAAGAGGUAUUUCCAUAUGACUUCCAAAGGGGUUUUAUCGUUUAUUCUUUCUACUCACAGUGAGUACCUGCUGUCUCCUAACAUGAGGGAUAUUCGGUAUCAUAUCUUUACCACUUGCAUUAAUAGGAUAAAAACUCUGGUUUGGUUUUUACUUAGAACUCAUUUGUGUGUUCUAUCUAUUGAAUCAUUUGUCUUUUUAUUAUAGAUUGGUUGAAGGGUUUUGUUGUUUUGGUUUUUUUUUUUUUUUUAAGGCAGGGUUUCACUGUGUAGCUCUGGCUGGCCAGGAAUUCACUAUGUCAACCAGGUUGUCGUAGAACUCACAGAGAUCCAUCUGUCUCUGCCUCCCAAGUCCUGAGAAAAGGUGUAUGCCACCAUGUCCACUCUUGUUGAGGUUUUAUGCAACCUAAACAUAGGUCUUGGUUACCAGUAAUUCCUCCAGGUGGUUGUAUGUUUCUGACUUUUAUAGGCAUUUUACGUUUUGUAUAUAUGUUUAAGUUGAUAAUUUGUAUGUCUUUUUCUAAGUCAUAAAGUAAGUCCUCCAUUUUCUAAGCUAUUUAUCCCGUGUGCGUGUGUAUGUAUCUGUGUGAGUGAUUGAUGGCUAAAUCUUCAUCUAUAUUCAUCAGCACGAUGAAGACAAGAUAUGGAAAUGCCUUUAGUUGGUCAUUUGUUCAAAAACCAUGAAGAUCCAGUUAUUUUUGUCAUUGAGCAAAAGUGCUGUUUUAUUGUAUACUAAAUUUUUUUUUUUUUUUUUUUUUUUUUGGUUUUUCGAGACAGGGUUUCUCUGUGUAGCUUUGCGCCUUUCCUGGUACUCGCUUUGGAGACCAGGCUGGCCUCGAACUCACAGAGAUCCGCCUGGCUCUGCCUCCCGAGUGCUGGGAUUAAAGGCGUGCGCCACCACCGCCCGGCUGUAUACUAAAUUUUUAUUGUGCUAUUUUGAUAUUUUAAUUAUGCAACAUGCUCCAAUUAUAGUUAGGUGGGGUAAGGUUAUCUUAAAUAUAUUUCAAAUAUUUCUUGUCUCCUAUUAGGCAUAUCUUCUUGAAAUCUGGGUUUGGGUGGCAUUAAUUCAUAGGAUUAUAAUUAUAUUUUUCUAAUAGUACUAAGCCAAGUAUUUCUCUUCAAGAACAAUGAUUAUUAUUAAAUAUUUGUGGACUGGCUUUCUUGGUAUCUUAGUUUCACAGUUUGUAUGUAUGUGUGUAUGUGUAAAAUACAUUUUUUGACAUUUCUGGGGAUUUUUGUGUUACUGUAAUCAAAUCUCUUUGAAAACAUUUUAUAAAUUAUUACUACUGCUGUAAUUAAAAAAACUAUUUUUAUAUGCUGGUUUGUCAUGACAAUACAGAAUUCUUUUAAAGGUGUUAAUUAAAAUAUUCUUUCUGGAAAAUCAUCCUUUGCGGUUGCUGAGGCUAUUUCUAACUCAGUGUUCAUGUGCCAUAUAAUUGGUUUGAGUUGGGAUUGCUUGAUCUCCAUAAACUACUAGGCCUGCCUUGCAGAAGUGCUUGUCUUGUUGCUGGAUCAGGGGCAGAUGCCUUCAGUGGUCUUUGUUACAUGAUGAUGCAUGAGCUAGGUUUCUGCUAGAUAACCAUCUUCAUUAAAGUCUAAUGUAUUAUGGUA